AUGGAAUUCUUUUUAAGACGAUUAAAGUUGACAUAUGCUCUUGAGAAAUCUUGUCCUGAGGCUCCCAGUUCUGAGAUAGCAACGGACGAGGCUACUUCAAUUAAAGAACAAAUUGCCAAUGCUAUCAAUUUAGCAGAAGAGGCGAGUUCAAAUAAAUUUCUUAUUUCAAAUUAUAUGGAGUUCAAAAUGGUUGAUGACAAGUCAAUCACUGAACAAGUACAAGAAUUUCAAUUUAUAACUAAUAAAAUUGCUAUAUCUGGAAUUGCUCUUGAUGAAAACUUUCAUGUUGGUGCUAUUGUCUCAAAACUUCCUCUAUCUUGGAAGGAGUACAGAAGCAAACUCAUACACAAGAAGGAAGAUUUCUCUCUAGAACAAUUAUUGCAGCACUUGCAAAUUGAACAAGAGACACGAUAUCGUGACAAUAACAUCUUGAAAUAA